AUGAGACGACGCCACCCAUUCAAUGUCGCCUACGACAUUGGAGAAGAACUGUUCCUCAGAACAUACGACAGUAGAGAAGUUCGCGUCGUCGUUGUUUUCGUCAACACGAGUUUGCCUAUGAGCAUCGAUUCAUUCGAACAGCUUACAAUCCGAAUAGGACGUUUACGGCUAAAGAGAUGUGGACCAAUACCGGCUUUGACAAUCUUCGUCGUUUACGCACCGACAUCAAAAUAUAACGAAGAAGAAGUCGAAGCGUUCUAUAUGGACUUGGAGAAGUUCUACAGAGAAAAUCGUACAUUCUUCAAAGUUAUUAUUGGAGAUUUUGACGCCAAGAUUGUACCAAGAAGAACGUCUGAAGAACGUCACAUUGGGACCCACGGAUUAGAACUGAACGAAAAGGCUGAGCGACUAUCUGAGUUUAUCAUAGUGACCAAGACAAUUCAUGCUGCAUACGGUUUAGCGUUCUUCACGCUGAUACUCAACUGGAUCCUUGUGCUAAGCGACCAGGAAGGGAAGUCAAAAACAGUCAGCAUGAAUUGCAGCUUAACGGAACCAAGUUAUCGAGGAAUCGGGUAA